AUGGGGCCCACCGUGCUGAGCCCCCUCGAGCUCUGCGCCCCUGCCUCUGCCCAGCGCUUCUGGGGCGCUUCCCUGCAGACUCGGGGGCGGACAGGGACAGCCCAGCCCCCUGCGGGGGAGCCCAGCAGCCCGGAGGAUGCCGCCCCUCGCGGCAGGCCCCACAGGAUGGCGUCCAGUGUCUUUGGGCCCGGCGAGGAGCCUCACAACAUCCCCAAGAGGACCAACCCGCCAGGGGGCAAGGGGAGCGGCAUCUUCGACGACGCGGCCCCUCUGCAGACUCGGCAGCGCCUGAACCCACCCGGCGGGAAGACCAGCGACAUCUUUGGGUCCCCUGUGGCCGCCGCCGCGCCCUUGGCCCACCCAAACAAGCCCAAGGACCACGAGUUCCUACGCGAAGGUGACGACCUGAAGCCGGACUGCAGUGCUGCUGCCAGGGCUGCCCCCAGGGAAGAGCCAGGCCAGGAGGGCUCCGGAGACGCCGGGGGGCCAGCACCCCCCGUGGACCGCCACGAGCCCCGCCUGGGGCCCCGGCCGCGCUCCCACAACAAGGUCCUGAACCCACCGGGCGGCAAGUCCAGCAUCUCCUUCUACUGAGGCCCCGGCAGCACCACCAGCAGCCUCCGCACGCGCCCGCAGGCGCCCACUCCAGGGGGGCCCUGGAGCCCCAGGGCUCCCCCCAGCGGCCCUCACGUGCCCCGCCCGUCCCCCAGAGGCCCCGCCCCAGCCCGGCCCCUGCAGCUCUGCUCUGGGGAGACCCCGUGCCUUUCUCGUCCUGGGGGGCCGGGGGCUUCAGACACCCCGGGGAGGCCGCCGCUGGGCUACGC